CACAGACACGCACACAAACUCAUAAUACUGACUAAUAGUGUAUAUUAUUUUACCUCACAGUGAAACCAAGGGAAGAAUGAAUCGAUCUUUUACUCAGACUUUGGUGAGACCCAAUCUCCCUUUGAGGAGACCUGCGACUGGACCGGGUUCACUUAGUCCUAGAGGACCAGCACCAGCAAUUCAGGAGCUCGCUCAAGAACAUCUUCUAGCAAGUGAUGUUCUAGAAGAUCCUAAAAGUGAUGCUGUCAGAAAGGAGAAUGUGAUUUCUGCAAAAAACAAUUGUGUAGAUUUCUUGUCUCCCCCACAGACAGCAGGGUCCAUGCUGGGCCCACUGGUAAAGUUGUGCAAUUACUGCAGUCACCAGGGAAACUUCAGGUGUACUCGUUGUAAAAAAACUUGCUACUGUUCUGUAGCUUGUCAGAGUCAGGAUUGGAAAGCUCAUCGACAUGUCUGCAAACCUAGCAUCCCAGAAGCUACCAGUGAGAAAAUGAAGGAAUCCACAGCUAUGCCAUCUGGAAAUGGACUUGGUUGCCUUCAAGCUAAGGAGAUCUGUGUUGACCUAAAGCCAAAGGGAAUGUAUCGACGUGAUUUACGGAAGAACAAUGUUUCCAAAGGAGCUGAGAUACAGGGUACAGUGAUUGACCUCAGGAACCCUGGGAUGUUCUCCAUCCACCUACAGUCAAUCGAGAUGAUGGAGUCCCUGAAAAACAUCACUGCAGAGCUCCAGAAGGCCUAUAGCACUUCAUUUGCUCCUGAAUACAAGCCUGAAAUUGGGGAGCUCUGUGCUGUUAAAUUUUCACUUGAUCGGAACUGGUAUCGAGCUGAGGUUCAGUCAGUUGAUGUGGUCCACAAAACUGCUAGUGUAUUUUACAUCGACUUUGGGAAUGAGGAGAAUGUUACACUUGACAACAUAAGGCCUCUCUCUGACCAUAUCGAUGCUGCACCACCAUUUGCUUUGCAGUGUUGUGUUGCUGGGGUAAAGCCUGUGACAGGAAGUUGGACAGGCGAAUGCACUAUUGCUGUUAGGCAGAUAAUUACUGGAAAGAGCCUCACUUUCACAGUGUUGGACAUCAUGAAUGAUGGAGCUCUGCUUGCUGUAGAUGUUCCUCUUAGCACACUUGGUAAAUGCAUGAGCACUUUUCUGAUAGACCAGGGCUAUGGUAUAAAGGAGGAUGUUGCUGUCAAACCACAGACUGAACACAACAUCAAUUCAUUGCUGAAGGCAUCGUUUGAAAAUUUCAAGCGCUUGUCUGGAGGAAAGAAUGAGAACUCUGAAGCCAGGCCUCCAGAGCCGUUGACUCAAGGAGUGGGUGACGCAUUCACUGCAGUGGUCACCCACAUCCAGUCUCCCUCAGAGAUCCUCUGCCAGAAGCUUGAAAAUGCCAGUAUAAUCCAGCAGUUGCAGGUGAAUUUAAGGGAGCACUGCUCAAACACUCUAGCCAAUGAGAUAUUCAGACCUGCGCCAGGAACUGUCUGCUGCUCACUGUUCUCUGAGGACAACCAGUGGUAUAGAGCUAAAGUUCUGGCAUAUUCCUCUGAGGAUCGCGUGUGUGUCGGAUACAUAGACUUUGGAAACUCUGAGGUAGUUGAGUUAACUCGCCUACGACCAAUCAACAAGGAUCUGUUGGCUUUAGCAACACAAGCAAUCCCCUGUUCUCUGGCAGGUAUAAAGUCUCCAACAGACGACUGGUCAGAGGAGGCCAUUUUGAUGGUGAAACGUCUGGCCUGCAACCGCUUCAUUCGGGUUGAGAUUCUGGGUAAGAAGGACGGUAGGGCUCUGGUGUCCAUGAUCGAUGAGACUAGUGACCCUCAGACCAAUGUCGCUGAGUUGUUGGUUAGCAUGGGUUAUGCUGCCAUUGAAAGUUUGGAGGCCGAGAAGAAUGAACCAGCUCAGGCAUCCUUCCCUGAAAUGCCAUCCCUCAGUCUGCCUGUUGAGAAAAUGGAGUGGACUUGUGCUGAACUUCCCUUCAAUGGCCAAAAGGUGGAGCUGGUGAUUAGUACUUUGAAGAGCCUGGACGAAUUCUACUGUUACAACUACAGUAGCGAUUCACACAUCCUGACGGCGCUGUCCUAUGAGCUCAAAAGGCAUUGUGAAUUGGGCAGAGAUCCCUUUACACCAACUGUGGGAGAACCAUGUUGUGCUCUCUUCACAGGAGAUGGCCAGUGGUACAGAGCCAUGGUAUUAGAAGUGUGUGGAGAGGGUAAGGCUAGAGUUUAUUUUGUGGACUAUGGGAACUUCUGUGAGGUGGAGGCAGCACAUCUGAAGGCCAUCACCCAGAGUCUGCUCAAGCUGCCUUUCCAAGCAAUCCGCUGCUGGCUUGCAGGAGUCGAACCAGUGGAGGGUCAGUGGAGUACAGAGGCAAUGCACAAGUUUCAGGCUCUUUGUGCCAGUCAGCCAUUGAGUAGCAGAGUGCUGUCCAUUACUGAGAAGGGUUAUGGGAUUGAGCUAGAGAGCGCUGGUCAAAACAUUUCUGCUGUGCUAAUUUCUGAGCACCUGGCUAGACCUUGUGGACAGGUGAAACAGCCUCCACUGCAGCCAACUAAACCCUUCAAUCAGAUUGAGGAUCUGCCCACUCUAAAACCCAUUGAUCAGAAUCCACCUGUUGAAGAGCCUUUGAAACUGAACAACAAUGAAGCUGCCAAUGCCCCAGAAGUUUCAACCGCAUUAAGUGACUCUUUUCCUUUGAAUUGGAAGACGUUGGAGCUGCCUUGCAGUGACACAUUCCAACCGAGGGUGGCAGCAGUGAUCAGCCCAAGUCUCUUUUACAUAAUGAAUCCUGGACAAGUGAAUGUAGAGGGUCUGAAGGCCAUUAUGACUGAUGUUGCGAAGUACUGCAGCAAACAGCCAAUCCCCAAUCAGUGCCACCCUUUACCAGGAGCUGCCUGCUGCGCACAGUUCUCAGGUGACAAAAACUGGUACAGAGCUGUUGUGUUGGAGGUGACAACCAAGCAUGCACAUGUAAUUUACGCCGAUUAUGGGAACAUGGAGACAGUCCCUGUCUCCAGUAUCCUUCCUAUCACCAAAGAACUUCUCCAGCAUCCAUUUCAGAUCGUCAGGUGUGGACUGGCAGGUAAAGAGCACUUUCCUACAGUGUGGCCCACUGAAGUUUUGGAACUCUUUGGGAUUCAGUUGAGUGGGGGCGUCCUGGCAAAUCUGCAGGGCUUUGAUGGGACCUCCAACCUGCUGACCCUUACCCUGCAGUCAGGUCAAGCUGACAGAGAUAUUAAUUCCAUCAUCUUUGGAGCUCUGCAGAAAGGACAGAGCAAGGCUAACUCAAAGCUGCCUUCCAUUGUCAAUGAGGAGAAAAAGGAUCUAGAUAAGAGUCAGACACAACCUGUCAGCUCAAACAAGGCUGCAGAUAAAACUCAAUCUGCAGGUAUAGAGAAACAUGACCUGAAAGAUCAAGCCCCGCCUUUAAGUACCAGCUACAGGCUUGAGGAACCAGAAAACAUGCCCAAGACUACGGCUGCAGUGGAAUGUACUGAGCCACAAGACAUUACAAGCUCAAAGGGCAGCAGUGCUCCCCAAUCAUGCUGUUGUCUUGAGCUGAAGCAAAAGGUUGACCAUAUUGAGAAAUUGAUUCUGCUCCUCGUCAAACAAGUUGGUGGAACCAAAUAGUGACUCAAGAUCUUCAUUGUCAAGUAGCUUUUAUCUUUAGAGAAGUGUGAAUAUAUUUUAUUUUUGUUUUAUUGAACGAAUAUUGUUGCUAUUGUUUUAUUAUAGCCUAUAUAAUGUUUGUGAUUUUAUUUCUUGAGCCAAGAGAGAACGUAACUAUUAAUCGUGAAUAAUGCAGCAUUGCCAUUCAGUUUUCCAGUUCCACAUUGUCAGUUUUUUGUUUUUCUAUGGCCAGUUUUGUUCCUUAUGUGUGCCAGUUUGAAUUUUGAAUAAAAAAGUACUUAAGUUUGUUUGGA